ACGUAACUAUAGAAAACUCCAAUGGAAAAAGAUGAUUUCAUUCUUACCGCCAGCGAAGGAACUGCCUGCACCUCAUCUCCUUCUUCCUCCCUCACUCAACUCUUACUCGGCGCCUCGCCGGGAAGCACUAUAUCCGGUAAAUACCACAGUUUUCCGGCGAUGACCGUCGGCAAGCUACAGAUGCAGCAGUUGCCAUUGUUUUCCCUCAAAGGAUUGCUCCUCGUUCUCGCCAUCUUAACCCUAAUCUCUCUCACUUUCUUCUCCUUUAAAUCGUUCCGUCCCCCUGUCCAGAUAUCCACUCCGGCUACUCCGGUUACUAUUGUGGAGAAACAAAUUGUCAACAAAGCAGAAGUACGCGAACCAGUGGCUCAGGUUGCUGAUGACUUGUUUACGGAUAUAUACCAUUCACCGGAGGUGUUCCGGCUGAAUUACGCGGAGAUGGAGAGGAAAUUUAAGGUUUAUAUUUACCCCGAUGGCGAUCCCAACACCUUUUACCAGACGCCGCGGAAGCUCACCGGGAAAUACGCCAGCGAGGGUUACUUUUUCCAGAACAUAAGGGAGAGUAAGUUUCGUACGGAGGAUCCGGAUCAGGCUCACCUCUUCUUCAUCCCUAUUUCCUGCCACAAGAUGCGAGGCAAGGGAACAUCAUAUGAGAAUAUGACCAUAAUUGUCCAGAAUUAUGUACACAGCUUAAUAGCUAAAUAUCCUUACUGGAAUAGAACCCUUGGAGCAGAUCACUUCUUUGUCACCUGUCAUGAUGUUGGUGUGAGGGCAACUGAAGGAGUCCCAUUUCUUGUAAAGAAUGCCAUUCGAGUUGUCUGCUCUCCUAGCUAUGAUGUUGGAUUCAUUCCACACAAAGAUGUUGCUCUUCCCCAAGUGCUGCAGCCAUUUGCUCUUCCAGCUGGAGGAAACAAUAUAGAAAAUAGGACAACUCUUGGCUUUUGGGCUGGUCAUCGUAACUCAAAGAUUAGAGUUAUAUUGGCACGUGUCUGGGAAAAUGAUACUGAACUUGAUAUCUCAAACAACAGAAUAAGUAGGGCCAUUGAACCUCUUGUGUACCAGAAGCGAUUUUACAGAACUAAAUUUUGCAUUUGCCCAGGUGGCUCUCAGGUCAAUAGUGCUCGCAUAACUGAUUCAAUUCAUUAUGGAUGUGUUCCUGUAAUAUUGUCCAACUACUAUGACCUGCCCUUCAAUGACAUUCUUGAUUGGCAAAAAUUUGCUGUCGUACUUAAGGAGAGUGAUGUGUACCAGCUUAAACAAAUCCUCAAAAACAUAACAGAUGAGGAGUUUGCUUCACUGCACAGGAAUGUAGUGAAGGUCCAGAAGCACUUCCAAUGGAAUUCACCCCCCGUAGAGUACGAUGCAUUCCAUAUGGUUAUGUAUGAACUUUGGUUACGCCAUAGUGUUGUCAAAUACUAAUUUGUUAAUUUAUUAAUGAACAUGGCCCCAUUCACCCAUGUUCUCGCUGAGAAGAUUGAUUCCUAACCACUUAAAAGCUGGAAAAUGUCCUGUCCAUCAUCAAUGUGUUGGACUUGAGAGGUCGGCUAUUUGUCUGUUCUUUGUGGUUCAGUUUUGCAUUGUAUAUACAGUACUUUAAUAUUUUUGUUAUAUUAUUAUAGAAGAAUAGAAUUGUGUUUCUCAGAUAGUUUCGUAAAGCUUUCAACCUUCUGAGUUUGCAGCCCAACUUGUUACUAAGCUUUAGUCAACUGAAAUCAAAAGUACUCUUUUUG